ACACACUUGUUCACAUGCAUGUUGUUGACGUUUGUGUCUCAUGGGGUUUGAGAAUAUAACCAGGAGUUACAGCUGAAAAUACUACAAUACCAAAGACGCUUCCACGCUGGGUGAAAGUCGCUGUCUUCUGUUAUUGCUACUCAGACCACAGUGGAGAGAGAUGACCUGCUUUCUGACAUGGAUCACUGCUACUGCAGUAUUGUCUACACUUUGCGUAACUGAGAUGUACUAUAAUUUCACCAUAAAUGGUAAUGCUAAAGGAUCUGCGUGUACACUGCCUUUUAUUUACAAAGGAAAUACUUACAACACAUGUGUGGAAUUCAACCACAGCACCUCAUGGUGCAGCACGACUAGUGACUAUGACAAAGAUGAGCAAUGGGGAGAAUGUGUUUAUGAAGAUCCUUGUAUCUUUCAUAAGCUUCUAUCUGACCCUUGGCGCAAUAUUGGCUUUAACUCUACCUCUUUUGCUGAGUGGCCAAUGAAUGAUCUUAAACUGCAGGAAGGAUGGUACCAGGUCUUUGGUAUUGGUGGAGACGUUUUAGAUGGCACUUGCUCAGCCAAUCGUAGUGGUACCAAUAUGUCCUAUUCAAUCACAUCAUGCAAACCAUCUCAGAGCUCAAAUCAGAACCUAUAUAACUGCAUGUUACUUUGUAGUACUAGUUCUGCAUGCUCUCUUACUAGACAAAUUGUAAACCGUGCAUCCUGUCAUGGAGGAUUCUUUAUCUAUUAUCUCUUCCCAACUACUGGAAUUUUUUCUACAAGUCAUUCAUUCUGCAGUGCAUCUUCCUGUGGUGAGCAUGCGCAGUGUAAUCAUGAUGGCAGCUGUGUGUGUGACUCUGGACUGUUAAUACCUGAUGGAUUCCUGCCCAAAGGAGACUCUUAUGGCUGUACAGGUGCCCCUCCAUCUGUUACAACUGAUACAACCUCUGCCAUCUUGAUGACCACAGCCAUCAAUUAUACUAUUUCAGUUCCAGAUAUCACAGUGUCUGAGGAUUGCCAGUACUGGACUAACACUAAGAACCUCUCUCACCGACAAACACGGGAUAAUAUCAUAGCAGAGUGUUAUAAGAAUCUGUCAAGCCAGAUUGAUGACUUCAGUACUAAAGAGUUAACAAGGAAUGUCGUGGAGAAAGUUUUGGAAAGGUUCAUUCCUACUGCUCAUCAACAACUUAGCAUUGGAAGCAGUAAUCAGGAUGAACUAGUCUCCUCUCUGAACACCAUGCUGAAUACCACAGAGAAACUGGUGUCUGCACUGGUGAAGAUCACAGAGACCAGCUAUGCUAUCAACAUCUCCCUCCCAGAUAUAGAGAUACGCGUACUUGCAGUUGGACCAAAUAGUUUCUUGGGAAAAACAUCUGUGAUCAACACAGCAGAUGCUCAAAUGGAAAUUGAUCUCAUUGGGAUAUCUAAAAGUGAAAUGAAUAAAGGACAUGCUGCUGUGUCCUUUGUGAGCUACACAAACAUACCCAGUAUGCUGAACAGAAGCUUCAACAGUGAAACCAACAUGGAACAAACAUUAAUGUCCACUUUGGUGUCAGCCACACUGCCCAAAACCACUAACAAAACACUCAACAAACCAGUGAACUUCACCCUGAAACACACUCCGAUAUUAAACCCUGAUCAUAUUCCUUCCUGUGUUUACUGGAAGGAAACUGAAUGGGUUGUAGAUGGCUGUACACUUAUCAAGACCAACAGCAGUCACAGUGUUUGCUCCUGUGAUCACCUCUCAACCUUCGCCCUCAUCAUGCAGAUCAACCCAACUCAGAGUGAUCAACUCAUAGUGCUGCUAAAUACGACAUUUGUAGCAGUAGGGCUGGUGUUCCUGAGCUUGGCUCUGUUGACCUUUGCCAUUUUCCGUGGGAACCCGAGAGUGACAAACCCUGCUCUGAUCAACCUGUGUAUAAGCCUACUGCUGGCUCACCUCCUCUUCCUGCUCACACAACACUUCCUGCAGUACAUACAACCCAAACAGCUGGUGUGUGCACUGUUGGCAGGUGUUCUGCACUUCCUCUUUCUCUCUGCGUUUGUGUGGAUGUUCAUUGAGGCUGUGCUUCUCUUUAUCACUGUAAAGAGCCUAUCAAAGAUCAGAUCAAAGCAGAAGGAGGCACUUAUAAUGAGGUGUUUGAUUGUGAUUGGAUAUGGGAGUUCUUUGAUUGUGGUGGGCAUGUCUGCAGCACUGGGGCCUAAUGGAUAUGGAAGUGACAAAUGCUGGCUUAAGGAGGACAGGGGUUUCAUCUGGAGUUUCCUGGGUCCAGUUUAUUUCAUUCUUGCAUGCAACACGAUCCUGUUCAGCUUAAUCAUCUUCAGUAUCAUGGUCGCUCUGACACGCCUGAACAGUGACGUUUCCCAGAUUAAACAGAUGAGGACCAUUGCAUUUAAAACCAUAGCCCAGUGUAUCAUCCUGGGAUGUCCCUGGAUCCUGGGGCCAUUCACAAGCAGCAGUAAGGUGGUGGAGAUCCUCUUCCUGGUCCUCAACUCCCAGCAGGGCACCUUCAUCUUCCUGGUCCACUGUGUCCUCAACCAAGAGGUCAGACAACAGUACAAGAAGUUGAUUGGUGUUUUGUUUAUCCCCAGUGAAAGCACCAUAACAGAAGUCCAGAUGACAUGAUUACAUAAUUUGUCUGUGGGUCUUACAAAUUCUGUCAGCAUUUUAUUACAUUUUAUUAUGUGACUGAGAACAAAUUCUCAUUUAGUCUCCAUACACUCAAAUUCUCAUUUACUCUCCAUACAAUCAAGCUGUUACAUGAAGCAUUGAACAGGGAACCUGUGAAACAAUAUACAGCUUUUGGACAUUUUCAAAUAUUGAAAAUAAAAUGUUUCACAUUAGAAGCAAAAAGUUAAAUAAUAGUUUAAAUAACCUAGAUGCUUUUACCCAGAGGACCAAUGUAAUGUGAUUCCCCACUCUGCUAUAGGUCUAAUAUUUCUAAAGUCUGCAAUGUUCUCUUAUUCUUAUAGAAACUUCUUCCACUAGUGUGUCGAGGUGAUGGGAUUAGUGCAGCACUCUCUUCUCUGUCUUAUCCCAAAAGGUCUAUUAGCAGUGUACAGCAGGAAGCUAGCAGAAUCCUCUCACACUCCCACCAGGAUGAGAGUGAUCGCAAUCUUUUUUUUUAAGUGUGUGUGAAAAGUAAUUUUAUUGUCUUUGUACAAAAUAUACAUGGUCCCUCCCUGGUAUUGUGGUGGAUCUGGAUAUUUUACAGUUUUGAUAGUAUACAAUAGAUUAUGUGAAUAAAGUAAAGCUAUACAAGCACAUAUGUAAUUGACACACAACUAAGGUAAGGAGGUAUCAUCUGUGCAUCAGUAAAGCUUCAAAAAGAGUUUUGUAAAGAUUUUACAGUGAUCAUGAUCUUCAAAAUCUGUUUGCUAUCUUUUGUUUAAUUGUCUUCAUGAUCUUGUAUGUAUAUACAAAAUAUAUAAUGAGCACUUUCUAGCAAACUUGCCUCUUGCUCCCUCUGUGCUGCCAGCGUCACACUUUACUUAAAGUAGUGAAAUAAAAUG